UACAAAGUGAGUAAUAUAAACUCCUCAAUUUCACGAAAAAAACAUAAGCAAUAUCAUUUUGUUUGAAUACAACGAGUUACGUUUUAUCUCUCGAAAAAAAGAUAAAAUUAUCAGGCGCCUUUUGAUAUUUGCGGCUGCAGCGGCGCCUAUUUGUUAUCUGCGUACAUUCAUUCAUUUAAAGGGUGAGGCUCCUCUCGACGAACAGAGAGCGAUAUAAUAAAAUUGCUUGUUGCUUUCGGGAAAGGAUUUUGGUUAGUGAGCCGCGCCGCAAGUGCUUUUAUAGCCAUGGAAUUGGCCAGAAACGUCUGGAAAAGAUCCUUCAUCGUUUACAAAUCGUGUGUGCAGCCGUCGUUGCGGUCAAGUUCGAGCGAAACGGUCAAUGUGACUGAAACCCCUGCAUCUCCGAGAAUAUCGGAAUUACAGUCGAAAAUAAAAGACAAAAAAAUUACAAAUGCUCUUGGAGCAACAGACGAGCUCUCCUCGUACAUAGGCUUGGCCAGAGAAUUUGCCAAUGACAGCAAAGAAGAGCAUCCCUAUGUUGACAAGUUAAAGAGGGUUCAAAUGAUUCUGUUUGACUUGCAUCACACAAUAGUCAAAGGUCAAGUCGGACCAUUUGAGGAAAGACACACCAAAGAUCUCGAAGAGUGGAUAACAGAGUACUCGGAGCAGUUGCCACCCCCUGAAGAUUACAUCAUCCCGGGUGGAGGAAAAGCUUGUGCAUCACUUCACGUUGCAAAAACAGUUUGUAAAAGAACCGAGCACAGUAUAGAACCUCUAGUGGACAAGGGAAUUUUAGAUAAAGAAGCACAAAACUAUUUAAAACGACUCUCGGACUUCCUUUUAACUAUAUCUCGUAUUGCUGCCAAAUGUGACAAACGCACAGAAAACAUUUAUAUUCCUAGAGCAGAAGUAUUGAAUGAAAAGAAAGUCUCAUGAAUUCUCGGUUAAAAUUUACUUCAUGUGAAUUGUUAAUUUCAUUUGAUACUUUUUGUGACAUAACUUAGAAAAUGUCAAAUUAUAUGAACUUGAACAGUGAGGCUUGAACAUAAAAAUUAUUGAUUGUCUCUCAUCGAUUGAUUUUCUUAAUUAAUUAAACUUGUUUGUACAUAGAAACUUUAAGUGAACCGAUCUGUUCAACUUGUUAUGUAUAUUUGUGUACACAAUAUUUAUUAAUCAAAUGACAAGUUGUAAGUGAGCAAUUGUACAUUUUAUCAGUGUACAAGUUUUAUGUAAAUAGUAGCAUUUAAUAAAAAAAUACAUUAA